AUGAACCAAAUUAUUCGAGUAAGGAACUGGGAAGUUGCGCAGUUAAAACACAAGUGCGAAAGUGCCGUUAACGAUGCUUCUUCCAAUAAGGACGUCCAUCCCCAUGAACUUAGCAAGCUCAACGAAAAACUCAGGAAUCUGCACGCCUCUUACGCUUGCCAAGUAGAAGGUCUUAGUGAACGACAAAGGAAAGAUAGCUUCUGCAUUGUAGGAGCCCAGCUAAAGUCAAUGCACAACGUCAGGCUUUUAACGGCCAAUUCAAUGGUGGAACUUUGCACACCUGGUAUCGAUGUCAGCUCACUGCUACAAAUGUCCAUUUCGCUUUAUGGGAAACAGUUGAGUGGGCUAGUUAUGCUGGUGCCUCGCGAUCCAAUGUGGCACUCCAGCAGUGCAUCAGAAUUCGCCCGUGUCUGUGAACAGUCGACAGAGCUCCACUUCGAUCCGCUACCGAAACAGCUGAAAGAACGAAUGAAAGCUAAGAAAUCAAAAGAGGUCAUCAAAGAAACACUUGAUACCGCUUUAGAAGUUGGAGAUGUGUACUGCACGCGUCAUUCAAACCUAAGAGAUGUUCAGCUAGUAUUUCACCUAGUUGUAGACGACACUCUUCAGUCGGCGGAUUUGUCAAGUCGCCAUCCGUGCCUUAACGGUAUACGAAACAUCAUUCGUCUCACUGUGCGACUUGGCAUCACAUCCAUCCACAUCCCAUUGCUUUUAGUGGAACAAGCCUCGGAGAAUAUGACUAUUGCCUGGUGUGUGCGGCGGGCAGAGAUGGUCUACAAAUGUGUUAAGGGCUACUUAAUGGAGGUCGGUGUAACCAGUGUUCCGCACUUCAAUAUUCACCUAGUCCUGCCUUCAGGACUUGCAGACGGGGUAUAUCAACAAAUAUCAGCAAUGUUUCCCACGAUUUUUCAUCUUGUUCCAAGUGUAUCAAUGGCUGUACAAGAACCUUAG